CACACACACAUAUACAGCACACAUACAACACUAGUUUAAUGUUAGUAUUUCAUUAGGACAUUGAAAUGCUAAACCAAUGGACAGUUUACGGGAAAUAUCGACAUUUGUUGCACUGAAACCACUGGUCAACGAUAAACGCCGACAAUUUCGCUAUCGAUUGAAACUGUUGUCGCUGUUCGGAUCAAACGGAAGUUCGGUAAUCUUUAUUACCGACGAUGACCAAGUCUACGGCUAUGGCAACAAUCGGUUCGGUUGUCUGGGCGUUGAUAGUGUCGAUGAAGAGAUACCUGAGCCACGGCCAAACAGUUCACUAUCGGGCAAACACAUGGCCACCAUUUGUUCGGGAUUUGCCCACUGUAUAGGCAUUACGGCCAGCGGUCUGUGCUAUUCGUGGGGCGACAACAACUAUGAACAGCUCGGUUGGGGUAUCGAUCACACAGUUAUGCUAAUGUCGGCGACGCCCCGAAUUGUGCCGAAGUUGGCCGAUAAGCAGGUGAUUCGUUUGGCAUGCGGUAAUCGUCAUACACUAGUGCUUACACAGGACGGCUAUGUCUAUGCCUGGGGUCACAAUACUUACGGUCAGAUUGGCAACUAUGCCUAUUUGCCAGCUUCGGAACCGGCAGUCAUUGUGCAACCACGUUAUUUGGACAUUGUCGAUGUGGUUUGCGGUAAGGGACAUUCGUUGGCCCUUACCAGCGAUGGUCACGUUUACGUAUGGGGUCUCAACGAGUGGGGUCAACUCGGACGUGAUCCGAGCAACGACGUCCACAAUUGCCGCCAAAAGUGUUGCUCCAAUCGGCCGAAACCAUUGGCCAGCAAACUGUUGACCGGCGUUAGCAUCAAGAAAGCUCAGUGCGGGCCAACACAUACUCUGCUGUUAUCUACUGAUGGCGAUCUCUAUUCGUUCGGCAACAACGAUACCGGUCAGGUCGGUAACGGUUUUUUUGAGCCACAGUACACACCGGUCAAGAUCAACACUGACGGCGUUAAGUUCAAAGACAUUGUCGCCUACUUUGAUAACAACGUUACUAUAGGUAUAUCGACAAACAAUCGAUACUAUGUUUGGGGUUUUCGUAGAUUUCCGCGGCCACAGUCGAUACCCGAACAUCAUAAUCACUAUACAGUGUACGACGUGUACUCUAAAUACUCGCGCGUCAAUCGUACGUUCAAAGCAAUACAUUUCAGAAAUGGUAAAGUCAUGGACUUGGACUACAAUGUUGUUGGUGGUGGUGACGCCACCGCUGCUGAUAAUAAUAAUAAUAAUAAUGACAAAUAUGAAGAUAAUGACUCCAAUUGUUUUGCAACAAACAAAUUGAUGGUAAAAAAGCAAGGAGUAGUCAGUAGUGUUGUUGGCAACGAUGAUGAUACUUCUGGAUCUGUUGGUGUCGUUGUUGACAAUAUCCAUCCGAAGUACAGUUAUGCGCAUAUCUUGUUGCAAAAGAGUGGUACUAAUGUCGCCAGUUUAGAUCAAAUUGGCAAUAAUUUAUUUGACAAUAUUGAUGAUGAUAAUGGAAAUGAUUUGUUAACGCCAUCAUUAUCACCGGAACAACUGUCUUCCAGACCAUCGUCUAGCGCUGAUUCCAAUGCUUCCACUGAGCCAUCGAAACUAUUGUUGCAACAAUAUCUUAGCCAAGCGUUCAACAAUCCCACAACAUAUGACCUGACAUUUAUAAUCAACGGUCGACCACUUUAUUGUCAUAAAACGAUACUCAGAAUACGGAACAAACACUUCUACAGAAAUUGUUGCAAAUAUUUGCGUACAACUUAUUGUGAGAAAACCAGAAAAGAGAUUGUCAUCAAUAGCUACUCAUACGAUGUGUUUCACGAUUUUCUUCGUUUUCUUUAUGGCCUAUCGUUGCCGACCAUUACAGUGACAACUGUUCACGAACUGUAUAAGUUGGCCGUUACUUACGAGGAACAGGAUCUGCUUGACCUGUGCUUGGAGUUCAUCGAUGUCGACAAUGUCUGCACAGUGUAUAAGCGUUCAAUUGAAUGCCGUCUAAAGCCAUUGGAGACGACAUGCUUGGAGUUUAUGUCAGCCAAUUGGAAACAACUGUGCCGUUCGGCACAGUUUCUGGCACUGGACGACGCCAUUGGGCGACAAAUUUUGAGCCAGGUGCUCAAAUAAUACUAUUGAUUUAGCCAAGGUGCUUAAUUAUAAUGGUCA